AGCUCUCUGUUCACAGUGGCGCUUCCCUCCAGCACAGAGACGACCUGUUCAAUACAAAACCAGAGCUGCUGACAGUCAAACACAGUCUGAAUCAACUCUGUGGAACUACUGACACGGAUCUCUACAACACCUCUGUCUGUGACUGACACCAGUCUCCCCACCAUGGAAACACAGACAGAAAAACAAAAGCCCAAUAAUGGCCAGUUGAUUUUUGUCCCUCAUGAGGACACGAUCCGUCUUCUGGAGGUUUUCGUCAAGCGCAGCCUCAGCGUCAACGAUGGGAUAGUUUUGAAGAAGAGGAAUGAGAGGAAAGAAAAGUGGGUGACGAUAAAGCAAAGACGACACUCCAGCGACCCGUCCCUUCACCUGACCGACGGAUUAAUUGACAGUGAGGCCUUUUCUGCAGUUGAACCCUCCACCGCUCCGCUUGAAACGUGUCCAGAAGUGCCAGAGAAACAGAACAAAAGGUCAAAGAAGAACAAGAAAUCCUCAUUUUGGAAAAGCAUUUUGGGCUUUUUUUCUGGGAAGAGCAGCGAGGACAAAGAUGAGGAGCAGGACAGCACUACAGAGACGCCCAGGGACUCCGCGGUGGAGCUGGCCUCCGAGGCUGCGAUCACCUGCCUGCCCACACCUCCAAUGUCUUCACAGAAAAAGAUCUCAAAGAGAAAGUUCUUGAGGAGAAGGUUCUCAAAGAGGCGCCUGUCUCUGAUAAAAUCACACAGGCAGAGUAAAGAUCUCCACACUGCUGACAUCAGUGACUUUGAAGCUGUGACGAGAGUGGAGCCGACGUACUCGUACUACGAGAAGGUGUCGGAGGAACUGGAAAGAAUUGUCCUUGAGGUCAAAGUGAAAGAGGAAGAUCGGCCUCUGUCAGACGAGGAAGUGAUCAACAGGAUCAUUGCUUUGACAAAGGAGGAGGGUGACGCCAUAGACAACAAGAUGAAGGAUAACCCCGCCCUGAACAACUUCUUCCAGGGAAUGUCUUAUUCGUCCUUCCAGAAACUGGCUGACACUUAUCUAGAGAAGGAGACAACGCCUACCCGCGCUCCUCUCACCGUGCCGCCAACAGCGCCCGAGCUGGUCAAACUGGCCUUUACGCUCGACUUCACGGCCAGAGUGGCCGGGCUCUCCAGACAGAACAUAGGUCACAUUACAGUACUGGGGAAUCUUUAUCUACAGAACAGAUUCAAAUACAAUCAGGCAUGUACAGAUCAUCCGUGGUCCGACACUGACGACUGAAACACAGGAGCACGACCACACUUCAGUUUUUCUCAGCUCCGCUCAUGAGGCUCGAGGACGUGUUGCAAGCAUCAUUUCCCCUUUAAAAACUUUUCAAGAGCAGAAGUGCGGCUUGACAAAACGUUUAAAUCCACGUUCAAGCACAAAUACUUGAAAUUAUUUUUACGUGACAACACUUACGCAACAAGUUUAGUGACAAAGCAGUUGAGCGGCUUUGCUACAUUUCAGUUUGCGGGAAGGUUGUUGACUCAGGUAAAGAAGUGUUGACUCAAGGCCUUCACUUGCCAGCUCUGCGUCAGAACACACUGCAGUAUUUCACCAUCUCAGAUUCACCCGGUUCUUCUGUGAUGACACUAAAGAUUUGAUUCUCAAAUCCAACAUUCAAGAACAAUACGUUUCUGUACAUUGAUUUGAAAUCAACCAAAAAAGCAACGUGAGAACUGUUGUUCAUGUGAAUAAGCCGGACACGUCUGUGCAAUAUGUUUUUUACAUUUCAAAGUUAAGUGAGAAAUGUGCAUUUAAUAUAAGCUCAACUACAUUGUGAAAUAUCUGUUAAUGUUUGUUGAUAUGAGUGCUGGCAUUCAUAUUGCAUACGCAAAUAAAGCAAUAUCUUUAAAUGCAACUUUUUGAUCGUUGUCAAACUUUUUUCUUUGAUA